UUUAAUACUGCUGUGCUGAGAAAUGAUGGAUUACUGGCCCGAUGAGCAUCUGUUUGUCACAUGCGGCGCGGGUGAGAACAGCUAACUCGACUCAGGCCAUCUGCCCAUUUAACUUCUGCGUUCCUCCAUCGCUGUGACCGACAUUGGGUGUAAUGGAGAAGCUCGUGGACAUGUUGAGAAAUAUGCCUUUUUUUGGUGUUGCGAUGCGUUGCACAUGUUGAAUAGUUUCACCGUCGAAGACGAGAGCAUAUUUCUGGAUAUGCCUUAAAUAACUGUUGACCUUUGUGAGAUUAGUCUUGGGAAAGAUGUGAUGAAUCUCAUUCUGUUUGCAUUGCUGCUCUGUUUAGUGAACUUGAUUCUUUCAAGUAUUCAAAAUACGACAUCACCGGAGGAGGAAGGCAGGAGAUACAAUCUUUCAUGAAUAUACUGUAAACCGGGCAGGUUGAGGCUUAUACCGCCUCUCUAAAGCUUCUCUACUUUUAUAAAUAUUUCCACAACAGGUCUGGCAGCAGGCGAGUUUUUGAAUACGAGGCCGACGCUGUAACUUUGUUUUAGGAUGGAUGCUAUUGUUUUUCUAAACUAAGCAGCUACCGUGUAUUAAACCCAAGCUUUUUUGGCUCUCUUUCUCUCUCAAACACUAAGAAAGUGCCUUGGGGGACGGGUUGCGUUAAGACAAUGUUCUCGCUUGUCUUGUGAAAGGUUAAGCAUGCUCCAGCAUUUCUCUUGGAAAUGUAAUAUUCGUUGGGCAUCUUGGAUGUAGAUCGUUUGGGUACAGCAACUGGAGACUGACUUUGGUUCAAACAGGUUCAAAUGGUUUGUCCUGUAAUGUAACAACAGUCCUUCAUCCUGGUUUUGCGUGAAGUUGAGAGAGUCUUCCUGUUUACCUUUAUAGAUCAAGCGAGGAUGUACAGUAUGUGAUUCUUCGCAACGCUUGUGCUGCUGAAGUCAGUGACAGAAAAGAUCCGUGCCGGGCUUUUUUGUAAUCUGUAUUUAAGAGGAGAUGAGAUAAUAUAGGUCUAUUACUGCAGGUGUACAUGUGAAAGCAUGCUCUGGUGGUCUACCACUGAAACAUGUUACAGUAUGUUGAUUUACAGGUCUCGACUUGUACAAGUCAAACUUGAAGAGGACUUAAUGAAAUGUCCUCAUUCCAUCACAUCUGUGAGACUCGAGGCAGAAGGGAUUAAAAUAGAGUUGUGUUCUCCAGUUGGACUGAUGCUAAAGAAUCCACCCAGUAUAAACACAACCUACGGUCUCGGUAGUCAGACACAAGAUAUGAAUCAUCAAAAGCCUGCGAUUUCAAAACCAAUCAUCUCAUAAACAAUGCUUUGUUCUGAAGACCCAAAGGCAAGCGUCUGUCAGAUAAGUGCAAUCGUUUGGGAUUAAAGGAAUAAGCGUGUACAUCAAGGGUUUUGAAACUGUCCAUCCAUCAUUCAACGAAACCAGCUCGCGAGAUUUUCUUAAGAUGGGACCACAUCAACCCCAACACUGAACAGUAUCAUAACUAUCUCAAUUCUCCAUCACUAGUUAGAAAAUCCCAAUGCGAAUUUGUGGUUUGAUCUGAUCUUCGCAGUAUCUCUCGGGCCGCAUCGGAUCUGAUCUCCAUAGGGACCCCAGAGAGAUUCGAAGGACUCUCGCUGAACCAUGAAGGAGGCGAUUCUGCAGUUUUUCAAUGAUGUAUGGAACCUCGCUUUAGUCAAGCACAACCAAAGCGUCUAUAACACAGUGUGCCUGGCCGUUCUUCUGACUCUGCCUCUGGUUGUCAUCUUGACGUCGCUGCUGGUGUGUUGUCAUUAUUGUUGCUGUCGUCGGGGCGACGGAUGUCUGUGUUGUUGCUGUUGUAAAGGUGAGGCCACAGUCACGGAGCCGAAACCCGAAAAGAAGAAGAGAAAGAAAAAUGGCGACCAAAACGACGAAGACUUGUGGAUAUCGGUUAAAACUGAUCCUUUGACUAAUGAAAGAUUAGCACUGACUACGGUGUGAAACAUGAACCGUUUUGUAUUUAUUGAUCUGUGUACAGCAAAGGUACAGAGGUGUUGCGUUACAGCCGUGUUGACAAAAAACGUGCCUGAAUGUACAAAGGAGAAAUGACAGAUAGAAAAGAUGAUUCAUUUAACGUUGACACAACGUUAAUUCCACGUUAUUUUUGCUAUCUGCGUUACGAGUUACGGUAAAAGUCAAUGAACGUGUGAUAUGUUCUGUAUGUGGUUAUGAAGAUGACUUUUUUGCUUAGAAAUGCUUUAACUUGAAAUAUUAUUAACAUUAGCAUCAGGAGGUAUUUCAGCGAUUUCUACAUCACCUUUAUGAGUUGGCAAAUCUUAAAUAUGAGCAUUCCCAAAGGUAUCGCCUAGCAACAACCAGUGUUGGGUAAGUUACUCUGAAAAAGUAAUGAAUUACUAGUUACUAAUUACAUAUUCAAUGGUGUAAUUAGAUUACUGUACAAAUUACUCUCUCCAAAAAGUAUUUAAUUACUAAUUACUAAUUACUUUCUAUAUCCUCUAUCAGCCUUGAUUAGAAUUGAUUCAAGGAUAGACAUGAAACAUUCAUUCAAAUAAAUACUCAAAUAAUAAAAACUACAUAAAUGAUUCUUAUUAACUGACCAAAGUAUACAAAAGUGAGACGGAUACAUUAAAGCGUACGUUUUAAAGUUAGACUCAUAAUUUUGCUGUCAUUUCCACUAUUGAAUAUAUAACACAGUAUUUCGUUCAAUUACAUCAGAAGAAACUGUACAGAAAAAAUAAGAGCGAUCCCUUACUUUACUUUUCCAAGGGAAAAGUAAUUCAAUUACAGUAACUAAUUACUUAACAACAACUAAUAAUAACACGGGCAACAACCAACAUCCCCACAGAAUAUUUUCACCCACAUUUAAUCUUCAUGAGACAUUUUAACUUCAACGUGAAGACUAGAUUGACGCCCUCGUGUACAGUCACGAAAAUAACUGCAGCAGCUGACCUGACACAUCAGAAUGAGUUUAUCAUUAGACAGUAGAUCAACACCUCCAUAUCACUUAUCUCAUCACCUUCUCCCAAACGCUUUCAUUCGAAACACCGCGAAGACAAUUACACCCAGCUCAAAACGGAUGAACUUUCAGACAUUUACAGAAACUCCAUGAUCACAGUUGUGUGUAAUUGAAGCUGCUGAUAAACAAACCUUGAUCUCCUCGCACCUUGCACACGUUUGGUUGUUUUCCAGCUUCAUAAUUAGAUGUUUAUGUGGGAUUUCAACACAUUGUGAUUAUGGGUGUCAUGAAGUCAUGCAUAAGAUUCAUCAUUUCAACCAUUUUUACUUUUUUAACUGUCGCGUUUUUUCAUAGUUUUCAUAGUUAAACCGCAAUUGAAUAAUUCAUUGUAUACAUGAUUUCUGGUACGGUUGGAUAAAGGAGAAAAGUCUCUUUGUUUGGACAACGGGUUGUGUUUGCUGUGUGAAUGUCCAGCACGUGUGAUGGCAAAGCUUUGACCGGUCCACUUCUGCAUGCGAAUGGUUUGAAUGACAGUUUGCAUGAAGAACCAUUUAUUUUUUUCUCUGAUGACUGAUGCAUGCUGAUAUUUCAGUUUUGUCUCUUUUUUAAACAUGCAAAAUUAAAUAAAAUAUAUUUUUUAUAUUUAUAUUCUUGUGUUGGAGCUCAGAUCAUUGACUUAUCUAUUAUCUUUAAAGGAUGUUUCUCAAAUGAAUCAAAAAGCAGGGAUCUACAGAACUGUUAUACGGUUUAAGGUGUGACUGGUCUUUUGUAUCUCUCUAUUGACAAAUGGGUGUGAGUUUGUGAAGAUUUUUCUGCCAUGGUCAGACACACACCCUCUUGCAGUUUUCCAUCGCAUAACAGCCCCGGGCGUUAGGAGGCAGAGCGGAGGGCUGUAACGGAAAAUCUCCCCCGGCUGAUGGUUGAGAGCACACCCACAGGCCUACUCCCUCCACCCAGACAGAUCUUGUUUUGUCUCAUGCUCCAACUCACAGUAAUGCAAUGAAAGAGGGAGGAGAGAGGAUAUGCAACAAACCUUAUUCAAAAUAAUGAUUCAGCCCAUGACUGUUCAAGCUAUAAGAGCAGGCUAAACCCUUUCCAAAAUGUCUCCAAGAAAGUGUUUUAUUAUUAUAUUACUGAAAAAAAGAGUGUAUGGAUUUUUCUCUUUUGGUUGAUCUUAAAUAGAUUAAUUAAUAUAUAAUAUUUUCAAAAAUAUGCUGUAACAAAUUACACGUUUUCCAUGUUAUUUUACACCAAACUUGUGAAUUUGCAUUUAUUUCUGUAACAGAACAUUUUUUUACUGCAUUUUAAAAAUAUGCAAACAUUCCGUAGAAUAAAACUGUCAAAUUCUGUAUUUUUUGUAGCGUAGAAACCAACAAUAAAGGGGCUUUUAAUUUUUCUUUUCUGCCAUUUUGACAUAUUUUGAUAA